AUGUCUGACGAUCCGGACUUCUUCUCCAACUUGGAUCCAAGUCUGCGUGGCAUUGACCAGGUAUCGGAUGCAAACCUAGUAAGGAUUGAUCGUUCGUUGUCUACAUCCGUAGCGCUCAACAAUAUGACACAGAUGUAUCCUCCUCAGUCGCACAACCACAACCUGCAGCAGCACGGAAUCGACGGUGGGGUAUGGCCUCUCCCGUACUUCGGCCACCACGACGCGGUCGGUGGCGCGAUGGCCCAGGAGGGCUACGGAACCACAGCGCACCAAGGCUUCUCGUAUGCUGGCGCGCAACCGCUUGUCGCUCCGACAGUACCGCCUGUUCCCGUCGCUUCCACCUUCGAUCACCAGCCGGCGACGUUUGGCGCGCUCAACCACUACGACUUCGCCGAUAGGACCGUUGUACCCCGCACGUUGGGCAACCCCCUCGACUUCGCGCAUCUUGCGCCUCCUACUCAUUCUCAGGGUUACGGUACUCACGGCAUGGGUCCAGAACACGCACUGCUUCCAGCGCAAAUGGGACCGCCUAUCCCACCGCCCGUGCCGUCCAUGACCGAGGGCUCAGGUGGUUCGCCUUCCAGCGGACCUCAUACUCCAGCCAACGCAUCUUCUCCGCAACCUCGCAAUGGCCUCAACGCGAGCGGGCUUGUAGUAGAUCCAUACCAAAGGUGGCUUGAUGAGACUGUCUGCCUAUAUUAUUCGAGAGAGCAGCAGAUCGCCUACGAGAUUCGUCAACGCUUCGGUCCUGACUCGGCUUGGGACGUAGUCAACACUGCGAUAUGCAAUGGCAUGCCGCUUGAAAUGUUGUUCACAGUGCCUCAAAUCAGCCCCGAUUCGAUACACUGGGAAUCUCAUCGCCAGAUCAUGGCCACUUAUGCCGAUGCGAUGUUCACUCGCGCGCACGCGCACGGGACGGGUGGUGUCCAGCGUACGGCGCAUACUCAUCAACAUCGGCAUCAAACGCCGUACAACACAACCACCACGCCUCAGACUGCCGCCACCGGCGCAGUCCUGAGACGCUCCAAUAACAAAUCAACCAGCGCCUCUCGCAAGGGAGGUGCCCGCUCGAAAGGUGCAGGCGGAAAAGUAUCGUCGCGCCCCAGAGCAGCGAACGCGGCGGCGGGUCCGUCGUCUGCUCCGUACACUCCACUCGCCCCUCCACUCAGACCAGACUGGGCGCCCGGGGAGCCGCGUAAGGGCAAGCCUAAGUGGGAAGACCCCGAGUUUGAGGAGGACUUUGAGCGGGAGGAAACCUUUGCGCUCGAUUGGAUGUGCAAGACGCCCGACCUCGUCUGCUGGUUCCCUGACUGCGAGCUCGCGGUGUCUGGAAAGAUAUUCAAGACCAUACAGAAGCGCAACGAUCAUGUGCAGUCGAUACACCUUGGCACGGCGGAGGCACAGUGUGAGGACUGCGACGGAUGGUUCGCAAACGCGUCUUCCCGAAAGCGGCACCAAUCGCCGCCGGAGAAGAAGUCGAAGGGUCCGCUAGAGAACGAGGAGUCGGCGAAGAAAGGCAAGUCGAAGGCCGGUGAGGGGAAGUGCAAGGGCCGGAAGCCGGAGAGUCCCAAGAGGGGUAGUAGGGUGUUGCGGCAGAAGUUGCUGGAGAAGAGGGCGGCGGCGAGGGCGGCGAAGAAAGAGGCGGCGGUGGAAGAAGAUGCUGGUCCCGUAUCGGAAGGUCCUGUAUACGGCGGUCAGCCCAGGCAUGACAAAGACGACCCUGGGGUUGGAGGGGCCAGCGGGAUGCUCGGGGAAGAUCCCUUCGGAGGGAUCCAGGUGUAUUAG